AUGUGUCCCGGGAGGAGCGGAGUUAGCGGGCAGCGGCUGGGGGAGGGGCUCCGCGCAGCCGCCCGAACGCUUCGCGGACCCAGACGCCGCCUGGCGCGAGGGGAGGUCAGAGGAGGGCGGACCCACUGGGGCCACAGCCAAAAGCGGCUGCCCCGGCCUGACCCCGGCCCGAAGCUGCCCAGUGCGGGGCCUCGGGUACGCUCCGUUCGGCGGGCCCAGCCCCUGGACAGCGCCCGCGGGCUGGGCCAUCCGCCCCGCCCCGCCGAGCCGCCGCCCGCUCCUCCUCUCCGAACCUGCGUGGACCGGACCCCAGACCCAGGACCCCGGCGGGCCCGGCCUCAGGGACCUCGGCCCCGCUCGGGGGGCGGACGCCGGCCUCGGGACCCCGGCCCCCACCUGGGCCGCCCGAAUCGCAAGCCGGAGGCCGGCCCCUCCCCCGGCUUGCCCGCGGGUCUCACCGGGCCCCGGCCUGGGCUGCGGGACGGGGGUCGGUCUCCGGGGAAAGCCUCGGUGCGAGGAGCGUGCGGGGGCGAGCUGCCGCCGCUGCCAGUGGUCCCCGAGCGGCCGCGGCCGCCGCCGUCUCACCGCGGCACCGCCCCCGCCGGCCCCCGCCCCGCGCCCGCCCAUUGGCUCCGCCGCGCCCGGUGCCGCCUCCGGGGCCCCGGCGCCGCCGCCGACCCCCUUUCUGCGCUUUGUCUUCCCCUCGCUCGCGUUCCCCGCCUUUGUCUGCCCCCCGCGCUGACCCCGCGCUCCGCACCGCCCCUCGGGCUUCGCGCUCGCCCGCCUCGCGAAACCCGCCGCCCCGUCGGCCAGCUCUGGACCGAGGCAGGGACCGGAGCCGAAGGGUCCGCGCCGGAGGCCUCGGGGCAGGAACGAGUACAGGUGGAGACUCGCGUGACAAAUGGCGCUCCCGACGAGGCGGCGGCAAAGAAUAACCGGGCGCGCCUGGGCUUUUGGCUGCUUCCAUUUCCCGGCUCCGUGGGCCCUGCCGGAGUCCCCGCGCGGCUCCCACGCCCCUCCUCGGGCGCCGAGUCCGCCCGCUGUCAGGGGCGCCCCGCACGGCCGCCGAGAUGGCAGGGGCGGCCGGGCACGCGAUCCCGCCCCGCGAGGCUCAACCCCGCCGCAGGGAGGGCCCCCUCGGCCACCAGCCCUCAGCCCCUUCUGGCGCCUGGCGGCCUGCGCCUGCGGUGCCCGUUGCAGCGGCCCUCGCGAGGCCGCCUUCCCAAAGCGCCUCUGUGGUCCGACUUUGUGGGCUUAGUCACCCCCACUCCCGGCUCCAGCGGGCACCCCCUCUAG